GACGUUUUAAAAUGAUAUUUUGUGUAAGUCUGGGAAAUUUUUUUAAAACAGUUUAAUAAUUUUUAAUUGAUGAAAUAACUACGAAAUGCCAUGGCAUCCUUUAAAAUGUCUCUGUGGAAAGUUUGUAUUAGGUCAAAGAUAUGUACUUGUAAUUAUGAUGCAGUUGGCAUUAUUAAAUGCAUAUCAUUUAAGAGUUGUUCUAAACAUUGCUAUAACAGAAAUGAUACAAGAUCGAAAUAAUGUAACGAGUCAGGCUUGCCCGAAUUAUGUCUAUGAACCAAUUGAGAAUAUAGAGGGUGGAACUUUUACGUGGGAUCACGAUAUGGAGGCUGGAAUACUCUAUGCAUUCUUUACAAGUUACUUUAUAAGUCACAUCCCAGGUGGAUGGUUGGCAGAUAAAUUUGGAGCCAGACAUGUAAUGGGUACCUGCAUGGUAGUGUCUUCAGUAGUGUCCAUCUUGACUCCUGUGGCCAUUCAAUAUGGCAGCUCGUGGGGAGCAAUCAUAUUGAGAAUUAUAUUAGGAUUUGCUCAAGGUCCAAUGUUACCAACUAUUUCUACUUUUAUACAGUGUUGGAUACCAAAACAUCAAAGGGGCUUUUUGGGAGGAAUUGCCUUUGGAGGUUCAAAUAUGGGAACUGUCACUGGCAGUAUCUUGACAGGGAUGAUGAUAACAGGUGCCAAAAGUUGGGUAGUUCCAUUUUAUGUUUGGGGAAUAUGUGCCUUAGUAUGGUGCUUCUUCUAUUACGUAUAUGUAUAUUCAAGGCCUAAUUUACAUCCUUUUAUCACCGAAGAAGAGAAGAAUUAUCUGAUUACCGAAGUGGAGCAAAAAACGAAGUUUAAGGUACCUUGGAAGUCUAUUUGUACCUCCUUGCCUGUUUGGGGACUACUAGCUGGUCAGCUCAGUCAUAACUUCAUUUUCUUUACACUUUUAACCGAUUUACCGAAAUAUCUAAAGGAAAUUUUGAAGAUGAACGUUAAAUCUAACGCCAACACCACCGCUUUACCUUUCCUAGCCCUGUGGGUGGCGAAUAUAUUCUUCGCCUACGUAGCGGAUUUUGUAACUAAUAGAAAUUGGCUGAGUUUAUUAAAUGCUAGAAAGUUGUACACUGCGUUUUCUUGCAUAGUACCGUCUUUAUUGCUAGUUCUUAUGGUAUACGUUGGAUGUAACCGAUGGGCAGCCCAGGUGUUAGUUUCAAUAUCGUUCUUCCUGGUUGGACCCUUUUUUUCUGGUAUGAAGGUCAAUGUCAAUGAUAUUACUAUUCAUUACGGAGGUACCAUAAUGGCCAUUGUCAACGGUCUAGGAUCGUUCACCGGUAUUAUCGGACCUUUUAUGGUUGGAACUAUAGCAAAAAAUGAGACAUUGGAAGAAUGGAGAUUAUGUAUGUGGAUUAUAUUGGCCACUUCAGUGGUUCUUUCCGUAAUUUAUUGUCUAACAGCUAAAGCAGAGAGACAAUAUUGGGAUUUUCCAGAAAAAGAAGUUGAAGGAAGUUAAUUUAAUUAUAUUGUCAUUGUACAUAACAAUGUAUAAUGUUCACAAUUUUAUAAAUAAUAAUAAAU